CUCAAUUGGACUUGUCGGAUCGAGCAUUGUGCUCAUCUACACAUUAGCUAUUCAGCUCGUAACUUACACAUACGUCGGUCAUGUGCAUACGGUUAGGGUUCGUUCGGGCUUUAUCAAUCGGCACUUAAUAUAACUAAUUUGUUUUUGGAACACUUAGAACGCAUACCCGUCUCAUCAUAAAGUACAGAUCUAGAAUGACUUCAGUUGAAAUCAAUUCACCUUCAUAUAAAUUAAAAUGGGAAGAAAUGAAUUCAAUGGAAAAUUCUUAUUCUAAAGAAAAACCACAUUAUCCUACUAGUUCAUUAUCACCGAAUUUACGACAAACUCAAUUGAAUUUCUCACCAAAUUAUCAAUUCAUAAAACUAACUGAGAAACAAUGUCAUCAUCAUAAUGAUGAUUUUACUAGUAAGACGACUGUCAAUCAAUCGACUCAACAUCAUUCAUCUACUCAAACCUCGAUUACUUCACAUGAACCAUUGUCAUUGUCAACUGUAUCUUCAAUGAUUAUUACUAGUCCUAAUCGAAUUAUGAAACAAACUAUUCUUACGGAAACUGGAAUUUCACCAGUAGGUAAUGUAUUUAAGAAACCAAUAAGGAAGAAAAAAGCUGGUACUAAUAAAAAGUGA